UUUCCGGUGCGCUUCACGCUCACACGCUCACACGCUUGGCGGGAGUCACUGAAGUUCACAAACUCGCUUUGCUCUUUCACUUUCCGCUGAUAUUUUUUAUGAAUAUCAUUUUCAGUCAGAGGUGGUUUGUAGUCUUGCAGUGAUCAUGCCGUCCAGUCUGGGCUCCAGCAGUCCAGCUGCAGUUCUUCAGGAGGCUUUGGAAAACUCCAGCCGCUUGAUUGACCGGCAUCUGCAGGAGGAUCGCUGUUUCCCGGACCUGUCCGAGCUCCUCAAUAUCCCGUCACACAAUAUGCCUUCGCUCUCGGGCGUGUCGGACAUGGAUUACCCUCUGCAGGGACCGGGGCUGAUCAGCGUGCCGAGUCUUCCGGAGCUCAGCGCCAUCCGCAGGGUUCCUCUGCCUCCGGAGCUCGUCGAGCAGUUCGGACAUAUGCAGUGCAAUUGCAUGAUGGGAGUUUUCCCUGAAAUCUCCAGAGCGUGGCUCACCAUCGAUAAUGACAUUUUUAUGUGGAAUUAUGAGGAUGGGAGUGAUGUGGCGUAUUUUGACGGGCUCAGUGAAACUAUACUGUCAGUUGGACUUGUCAAACCUAAGCCAGGUAUUUUUCAGCCUCACAUCCACUUCCUGUUAGUGUUGGCCACACCGGUGGAUGUCGUGAUCCUGGGCUUGAGCUUCCCAAAAGCCCAUACAGGUCUGAAUGACAGCAUGUCAGGAGCCAUGCAGCUGUUGCCAGAUCCUCUCUACUCCAUCCCCACGGAUAACACCUACCUGCUAGCCAUCACCUCCACGGAUGUGGGCCGCGUCUUCAUGGCGGGGAAAGACGGUUGUCUGUACGAGAUCGCAUAUCAGGCUGAAGCGGGCUGGUUCAGUCAGCGCUGCAGGAAGAUCAACCACUCCAAGAGCAGCCUGUCCUUCCUCAUCCCUUCACUGCUGCAGUUCUCCUUCUCCGAGGACGAUCCCGUUGUCCAAAUUGCUGUUGAUAAUUCAAGGAACAUUUUAUACACGCGUUCGGAGAAGGGCGUCCUGCAGGUGUAUGAUCUCGGCGCUGAUGGGCAGGGAAUGAGUCGAGUCGCUGCCAUGUCUCAGAGCUCCAUCGUCUCAGCGGCUGGAAACAUCGCCAGGACGAUCGACCGCUCCGUGUUCAAACCCAUCGUUCAGAUCGCAGUAAUUGAUCGCCCAGAGUCGUCAGACUGUCAGCUGUUGGCCGUCACUCAUGCUGGUGUGCGUCUUUACUUUAGCACCAUCCCUUUUGCUCCUCCGAACGCCAAACACAUCUCGGCCCGGCCCUGCUUGCUGGCGCUGGUGCAUGUGCGUCUGCCACCCGGAUUCUCUGCGUCCUCCACCCUCCAGAAACCGGCUAAAGUUCACAAGGCUCUCUACAGUAAAGGAGUUCUGCUGAUGGCCGCGUCUGAGGCAGAGGACAGCGACGUUCUGUGGUGCAUCAACCACGAUUCCUUUCCCUUUAAAAAGCCCCUCAUGGAAGCUCAGUGCCGUUUUAUGAAUGUGUGUUUUUUGCUGUUGUGUGUAAAUAUGUGGUUGACUCAUCUCGACUCAUUAGGCAUGUUCCCGCCGACCGUGUCGACGCCUUACAUCCCAGCGACUCCCAUGAGCAUGAGCGGCGCGGUGUCGUCUGGACCCGAGGUCAUCUUCUCUGGAAAACACAACGGCAUCAGUAUCUACUUCACGCGUAUACUGGGGAACAUCUGGGAUGGGAGUCUUUCGAUGGAGACCACCAUAACCAAAGGCAGGCAGACUGUGACUAUUCUGGAGAGCACGGCCAGUUCAUCUGAUCUGGAGGUCGUACUGCUGGAGCUUCAGGGUUUGAAGGAGUUCCUGGACAAAAACUCCCAGUUCAGUCCGACUUCUCUGGGUGUGGGCAAUUUCAGCUCGCCAGCAAACCUACAGCAAAGGCUUCUGGGAUUCAUGCGGCCCGAUGGCUCCAGCUCUCAGCAAGUGCAGCAGGAGCUCCAGAGGAAGUACCACACGGAGGCUCAAGCGUAUGAGAAAGCGUCUCUUCAAGCCAUGCAGCAGUUGGUUCAUCGCUCCUAUCAGACGCUGGCGCUCUGGAAACUUCUGUGUGACCAUCAGUUCAGCCUCAUCGUCUCUGAGAUGCCCAAAGAGUUUCAGGACCAGAUUAAGGCUGUGAGUUUUAAGGAUGUGGUUGUUUCUGGACGCGAGCUGAGUGGCGCUCUCGUCACCGCCCUCAUUAACGUGUACAUCAAAGACAGCGCGUGUGUAGACACCGUCAGCGCUCACCUGAGAGACAUCUGCCCUCUGCUGUACAGCAGCGACGACAGCAUCUGCUCCAAGGCCAAUGAGCUGCUGCAGGGCUCCAGACAGAUCCAGAACAAGCUGGAGAAGGAGCGAACGCUGAAGGAGUCCCUGCGCCUCUAUCAGCAGAUCAGUCACCACACAGACCUGCCCCUCGUCUGCUCGCAGUACCGGCAGGUGCGUUUCUAUGAGGGAGUGGUGGAGCUGUGUCUCACAGCCGCUGAUAAGAAAGACCCUCAGAAGCUGGGGCUGCACUUCUACAGGAACGGAGAGCCGGAGGAGGACUCCAGCGGCCUGCAGGCCUUCCAGGAGCGACUCUCCUGUUAUAAAUGCAUCACGGACACCAUGCAGGAGCUGGUGAACCAGAGCAAAGCGGCCCCUCAGUCUCCCAGCGUCCCUAAACAACCCGGACCCCCCGUCAUGACCUCUGACCCCAACAUGCUGAGCAACGAGGACGCUGCCGCUCAUUUUGAGCAGAUGCUGGGUCUCGCUCAGAGAUCUCAAGACGAGCUCUUCCACAUCGCUCUCUAUAACUGGCUCAUUCAGGCCGAUCUCACCGACAAGCUCCUGGAGGUGAACUCGCCGUACCUGGAGGAUCAUCUGAUGCACAUGAUCAAACAGGACCAGAGUAAAGUGCGAAACAUGGACCUUCUGUGGCGAUACUACGAGAAGAACAGAAGCUUUGGCAAAGCGGCGCAUGUCCUGGCGCGGCUGGCUGACAUGCACAGCACGGAGAUCUCUCUGAAGCUAAAAAUCCUACUGAUCCCAAACGUGGUGCGGAUUCAGGUGCAGAUCCAGGAAACGCUCCGCAGACAGUAUUCCCAGCAUCCCUCAGUGCAGGGAGCCAUUACACAACUCGACUCCGAGCUCAUGGACAUUACCAAGCUGUACGGUGAGUUUGCGGAUCACUUCCGGCUGUCGGAGUGUAAGCUGGCCAUCAUUCACUGCGACCCGUGUUGGCAGCGCCUUAAGAAACCCCUGCACCUGGUGGAGUGCAUCCAUGUGCUCCUGUCAGGAUAUGUGAAUGACCCCAGCCGAGUGCCCACCUAUGACAGACGGAGGUUUACUAACGCUUGUCUGGAUAACAUCUGCGGGUAUCUGGUGGAGCUGCAGUCCUUGAGUCCAAACGCGGCUCUGCAGGACAUUAUACGCAACUUUAAAUGCCUUCAGGCCAAACUGGAGAAACUCCAUUGAUGACAAUGAAGGACUUGCCAGCGGUCGUUUUGCUCUCGAUGUCGUUUGAUGGACAUCCCGAUACUACAGCAGCCUGACGCCUCUCAACGCACCAGGACUUCAGUCUUUAUAUUUACUGAAAAUGAAUAAUGUUCACUCGUCCAGCCAUGGAAAUACCCAACAGACGGCCGAGAUAUAUACACAUUUAUAUGUAUUCCUCAGUUUGCGUACGUUCUUGUGGUCAUCAGCGGAUAUGAAGGUGUGUAAUACAUGAUUUUAAUUUCUUAUUCAGUUAUAAUUAAUCAAUGGUGUCUGUAUGUGUUCAUAAGCUGUCCGAGGAGGCACUUAUUCUAAAUGUUUUCUACUGCUGAAACACUAUCUAUGGUCGGUAACUUCCCCAUGGAUGCUGUUUUUUUGUUUUUUUUGACGUUUCUUGAUUGAGAUGUGGUGGUGGAUGGAUGGAUGGGAUGAAAGGAAACAUGUGCGUUUUGUACUAGUCGUCAGGUUCAAAGACCUAAGACUUUUAUGAAAAGGACACAUUUUUAUGAAAGCCUGAGUCUUUUCAUCCACCUUGUAGUUUUGUGCAAUAUGUAUUGCAAAUGAUUUGAAAAUAAAAUAAUAAAAA